UUUCAGAUGAUAGAGUUCUUUUUAUUAUAAGUACCUACCUUACCUAGAUUACCCAUGUAAGUACCCAGCAGUGGGCAUGGGACUAGCUAUUUGAAUGUGUACCGCUCCGCAACUUCUCCCCGCCCAAGCAGAGUCAACUACGAUAUUUAUCCCAUGAUGGCUUCUCGUGAGGAUCUUCUGCAACAAGCUUUAGACAAAUACAACCAAGGCGGCCACACGUUACAGCAGAUCGCCAAGGAGUUUAGGGUCCCGGUUCAUACUCUCAAAAAACGACGCAAAGAUCACCCGCGCCGCCCGGUGGUUUUGAACAGGUUUGAUGUUCUCCCCCAGCCACUGGAAGACGGGAUUUACCACUGGAUAUCCAUACAGGCGGAUUUGGGCGUUCCACCAACGCAGCUCGAGCUCCACGCGUUUGUCGGCCGCGUCUUGAAGGCCCAGCCGGGCUCCCGGGUUGCUUCGCUACAAUGGAUCGACCAGUUCAAGAUAAGGCGCUCGAUCGUGUUGUCGGGGGACACCCUGAUGCUACACAAGGACCACAGAGUAGACAGGGUAGAGGGGGACGACACCAAGGAGCCCAAGGAGCCUCAGCAUGUUGAAGAAGAAAAGUCUCAGCGUGUUGAACAGGGCGAGUGCGAAAGUUCGGAUUCAGAUGAUUCCUGUUUCAUCGUUCGGUGGAACAAGAAGCGAUAAAAGACGGUCCGAAUGGGGACGGCCGACUUUGCCACCUCAUCACAGGACGGGUAGGUGCCUAGGUGCUUUAGUUUGAGACCCUCUGUUGUGAAGAUCCGACGUAGCCCAUGGUGUGUCGCUGGUGGACGCGUUAUGGUGUUGCUAGGUAAUAUUAACACCAAAGACUAUAUAGUUCGUCUCUGAUUCAUUCUUUUUUCCCCUUUACUUUGUGCGAGUCGGAUGUUGAAACCGAAGCCAACAGGUGAAAGGCCGGGGUCCCACUUCCAAUCCUGUCUGGGCUAAAAGUGGUAGGUAGGUAUACUGAAACUGCACCUAGCCAUCUUGAUGCAAUACCCCUCGGCCAAAUUACGUCCAGAUUUAAUGAAAAGAAGUACAAUAAACCCCUUAACCAUGCCUUUCUCAACCUCCGAAAUAUGGCCUUUUGAAUCUAUUUAUUGGUCUAUACACAACCUGUUCGGAUAUGGAGCAGAU